GAGGUGCGCGUAUAUCUCUGUAUGGUUUGAUGACCUAUUUCCAGCUCAGUCGCUGACUUGCUCUUCUUAGUCACUAUCCACUAUUAAGUCGAUAACUACAAUGGUGGUUUCUUCAACCUCGGGAGACAAGCCCCCUUUGUCCCCAAAGCCGCCCCCCCUCCCCCCACUACGGAGUACUAAGCACACUUCCAGUUUUCAGUCUUCUGUCCCUGUCCAUAGGACAGGGUCAAGCGCCUGCAACCCCCUCACCAGGCGGUUCCAGAUGGGUCUCCGUCAUCUACUACUAUCCUCGACUGGUAACCGCUGAUCGAGGCACUACGACACGACACUUUACUAUCGGUUCACCCAA